ACUUCUCUCCUCUCCGGAGCAGAGCGCACACCGAGCUGCCGGGGAGAGAGCAUGACGUCCCGGCCGGCGGCCCGCGGAUCCCCGCUGAGGGACUCUGACUGGACCGAGUCGGUCCGGAGGGAAGUCUGAGAGUUCUCUAAGGCUCACCGAGGCUCCGUGUUCGGACUUCUUCCAGGCGGGAGCUGACGAACAGCGACGGAGAGUUUGUUUGUGGAUGUUUCGCAUCUGUUCCUGCCUGAUCAUGGAGUUACACACAUAAAGAAAAGACGUUCGCUCGUUUGCUUUUCGGGUUGCAGCCGAACCGAACACACAGGCUUCAGUGGAGUAACUUUUGCGCGGCCGUCAUGGAGCCGGAGGAGGGCAAGAUCUCGGUGUGGGUCUGCCGGGAGGAGAAGCUGGUCUCCGGCCUCACCAAGAGAACCACCUGCGCCGACGUGGUCCGGGUCCUGCUGGAGGACCAGAACCUGCAGCAGGGCGUCUCCGCCGCGAUGCUGUCCGGCUCCCCGCAGUCCUACUGCGUGGUGGAGAAGUGGCGGGGCUUCGAGAGGAUUCUGCCCAACAAGACCAAGAUCCUGCGGCUGUGGAGCGCCUGGGGGGACGAGCAGGAGAACGUGCGCUUCGUCCUGGUCAAGAACGAGGCGUCGCUGCCCAACAACGGGCCCCGCAGCGCCGAAGCCCGGGUGGUCCAGAGCCGGGAGAGCGGCGGUCCGGGCGGGCUGCUCAAAGGCACCGCCAGGACCUGCUGGACCGCCGCCGCCGCCGCAGCCAACUUGUCCCAGGAGAAGCAGCGGCGCAUCGUGAGGAAGGCCUUCAGAAAGUUGGACAAGAUGAACAAGAAGAAGGAGCAGGCGGUCUGCAAAGACAAAGGUUCGGUGGAGAAGAUGGAGACGCUGGUCCAUCUGGUCAUCUCCCAGGACCACACGAUCCGCCAGCAGAUCCAGAGGAUCAAGGAGCUGGACCGGGAGAUAGAGCGCUACGAGGCCAAGGUGCACUUCGACCGCAUCAAGAGACACGGAGUGAACUACGUGCAGGACACCUACCUGGUGGAGGCCGACGCUCCGGCCGCCGACGGGGCGCGCACAGCGGAGCGGCAGGACGCGCGCUGCUCCGCGGAGGCGCUGGCGCAGUUCGAGGAGUACGCGCGGCGCUGCGAGGAGGUGGUUCGGCUGCAGGAGGAGCUGACGGAGCGGGAGGCGCUGAUGGAGAGCAUCACCGGGGAGAUCCAGGAGGAGCUCAACCGGCGCUGGAUGAAGCGGCGGCGGGAGGAGAGGGGCGCGGAGGCGGCGCAGGACGCGGACAGCGUCGCGGAGGAGAUGUGCGUCGCCGCGUCUGCGUCCGCCGCUGCCGCUCCAGCGGCAGAGCCAGAUGUGGAGAGUCUGUCCGAGAACGAGCUGGUUCUGGAGGAGGAGCGGAUCAAAACCCAGCUGGACACCAGCCUCUACAUCGGCCUGCGGCUGAAGACCGACCUGGACGCCAUCAGGGGGGACUUGGACCUGAGUCUGGCACUCUGGGAGACCAAGGAGAGCGAACUGCUGGACCUGCUGGCCAAGGUGGAAACCAUGGAGAUAGAGCAGGUGACCCGGAAGCUGGAGGACGCCGGGCCGGUGGAGCUGGGCCCGGGGGGCGCCGAGGCCGAGCCGGGCUCGUCUGAGAGGAGCGGCUGGGUGGAGCAGGCCCGCGGGCUGGCCAAGGCCUGCAGCACCAACGACGAGGACUCGGACACGGGCCUGAGCUCGAUGCACAGCCAGGACUCGGACAACCCGCCGGUGUGCGAGUCUCUGGUGUGAACUGAUGGAGCUUUAUGCAAGUCAAAGCCACAAACUCAGGGCAGAGAAUCAGUGUUGGAGGUCAGGCCUCUGUGGGACUCUAUUCUACAGCAAUAACCUGCUACAUGUAGUCAAUGCACAAUAAGCUAGACGGGCAGCAGAGGAGCAGGGACACUCUGAGAACUGAUGCAGGGCCUUCGUCAAGCAGUUUAACUAAAUCUGAGGCUGCAAGGUAACAAAACUGAUCUAAUUACUGAGUUAGAUCUGUGUUUGAGUUGCAGAUGUUAUUUUAUUUUAUUUUGAUUUUAAAAAAUGUUGCAUCAUCUUCAUAGUUCUGCAAACUAAACUCAAAUUUCUAAAUUCAAAUUGAGGUCAUAAAACUGGCUCCUCCACCGGCUACUAAAAGAUGGAGCCCCAAAAAUCAUUAUAAUACACAAUAAAUGAACUUAAAUACACUUUAAAAAGUCACGCAAAAGCUCUUAAUCCACCUCCAGCUGCUAAGAUGUUGCAGCCAAACAUGAAGUAAAUGGAAAUGAUAAAUUCCUGUAACUCAGUUUAGUUUGUUGCUUGGACGUAAUUUCAUCAGAAGUUUGUCUGGAGUCUAAAUAUUGAUGCCAGCAGCUGAUUUUGCUGGUGUUGAGCCCAGACUUUACUUUUCAGAGUGUGCUGCUGCUCCGUAGCCGACCUUAGACCUCCAUGAGGGGCGUCAACAAAGCACCACUUGUUAGCAGAAACAGCCUAGAAGAGCAUUAAGACACUUGUAAUCCGCAGACUAACUUUAAUUCCAUCUUGUGAAUCUGAAAACUUGCUGAAGCGGCUGAAACGGUUUCCUGUUAAAGGUCGAGUGCAGCUUAAAAGUCCGUCGGCUGCAAAACCUGCUGCAGAGGCUCUUUUUUUUUUUAAUGCAUUGAGUCAGUUCAAGUAGAACCGACCGCUUCGCGUUCUAAAGGGUUCGGAAAAAUCGAUGUGCAGAGUUCACAGCUUCUUCCUGCAGCACAAAGCGUCAUAUUUAUUGAACCGCCGCGUUAAAGCAGCUUCCACAGUCUGGACUUCAAAACCAGGCGUCUGAUUCUUCAUCAGGAUUGUCUGAAGUGCUGGUUCCCAACUUUUGAAAGCUCACGACCCUUUAAAACAACACAAAAUCCCAAAUCAGCGUCAUUUCUGUGAACAUUUCAAGCCGGUAAAAGCUUUUAAGAUGCUCUGUGGAGUCAAGAACAAGAAAAAAAUAUAGAUAAAUAAGUGUUAAUAUAACUAAUAACUGAUUUCAUAGAUAUUUAUUUAUUGGACUGGCAGGUUUGGAACUCCUGGUUCUCAAAAAAAUCUGGUUUUAUCUGCAACUGAACUGCACAUUCUUUAAAAAAAUAAUAAUUGAAGGGACUUAUUAAUUAAAUGCACGGUUGCAAGAUAAAGUUUCUAAUUUACUAAUUUAGAAAAACUCAAGUUUCAAACAAUAUUUUGUUGCAUCAACUCAAUAUUCUGUGUAACUCCAACUCAAACGUCUGCGUUAGUUGACCCAACUUAACAAUUUGGAUUAAUGAGUUUUUCUUCAGGAUUUCAGGUCUUCUAAUGUGUUUUAACACCUGCACAAUAUCAGGCGGCUAAUUGGAAAGAAUUUCAGCUGUAGAAGAAAAACUAAUCCGUCCAACUCAAUUUAAUUUGUUGGUUGAAUCUGAUUUGGUUAGAAAGUUGUCUGAACUCUAAAAGAUUCAUGCAGACUGUGUUAUAUCUGCUUCGUUAAGCCCAAACGUUAUUUUUUUUGUGUUUGUAAUUCAUCACAAAGUCCUUCAUCUUUAGUAUUUAUUGUCAUAUUUUACCUUUUUUUAAGCCAAAUAAUUUUAUAUUUGUUAUUAGAAUAAAUCAGAAAAGCCUCAAACAUCUCAUAAAAAGGUUGUAUUUUAGCUCAAACUGAUUUUUUUUAGUGCCUGAAUUUAAGAUUUCGUGGUUUAGUUGUGUAGAAGUGUCGAUUUUUGGGUUGAAACUGGCAGAAAAAGGCUCCAACAAUUCAGCAAAAACACGUCCAAGAAAGUGUUUAAAUCAGAAGAGGCAGAUUAAAAACAGAGAUAUUUAGAAUUUUACUCACUUUACGAUCCCAAAACUGAGCAUUUCACCUUUUGCCUAAAGCACCUGGAUGUUUAAUCGGACGUGGAUUAAUUAGAUUAAUAAUUAACGACCCCGUGUCCCUAAAAUGAUGUUAAUGUUCAACUGAACUGUGUUUUCUGUAACAGGUUGAGGGAAUCAGCUAAAAGAUGGAGGUUUGUGGCCCAUGUGGCUCAUUUUUACUCACUGUUUGGUUCAGUUUCAGCUCAAAACUACUUUUUUUUUAAGGAAAAUAUCCGACUUUAGUUGACACGUCAGCAACAAUCGAAGCUCGGUUCAGUUCAGGCGCUAAAAUGAUGAAAAAGCUGCUUUAAAAAUGACUUUUUCAGUUGGUAUUUGAAGCUUCUGCUGCAUUUUCUCGCCUGAUAUUUAAUUAAUUGGCUAAAAAAGGAGCAAUAAAUAAAAAAAGCAGCAGAGUUGUGUUGGUUUAAAACGUGUUUGUGAUCCACGACGAGCUUAAUCCAGCAGAAAUAAGUUCCCUUCCACCUGCAGCUCAGGUGUUCAGGAGGCUGACGUUCUGGGAGUCGAGGUCGGUUUUGUGACGUUUUCAGGAACCAACGAGCGAUGUUAGCGUCGCGUCCCUUUAAACCUGCCUGUGGAUUAUUGUUCGAGCGUCGCUUUGGCUGCUCUGAGCGGGUUUUUGUUUCCAGGAAAAGCUUCUUACUCGACGGCAAGAAAAGCCUCGUGUUCAUGUCAGAGUCGAGGAAUCAUUUCGGUUGUUGUGUAACACGAGAAGCAUGUGAGUCUGCAGCGGGUCUAAUUUAUGCAAAAUAUGUGAUGAAAUGCACACGAGAAGUCACGUUUGUGGCCUCUCUGGGCUUCCGUACUUGUUCAUUAGGGAUGUUUUAGUUUCCCGUUAGCUGGACUUAAAAACUAAACGUGUGAUUUUUGCAGCUCUUUAGCAGCAGGAUUGUUCAAAGUGCUGUUUUUUAACGCUGACGACCCUUUAAAACCACUAAAUAAUCAAUAAUCAGCAUCAUGUGUAGAUAUUUCUGUGAGCGUAUUUCUGAAGACAAACUGGUUUAUUUUGAUGGUUAUAAAGUCUGAAAGGAGCCAAAAAAGAUGCAAAAACAAGCAUCAAUAAUACAGAAAACUAACAUUUAUUUAUUGAACAAGCAGGUUGGGAACCAAACAAUCCUGUUUCUCAAAAAUAAUGGCUAAACCGCAUUAACGAAACCUGUCUUCUGCUGUUUUACACUUAAUUAAAUGGAGGAUCCAGCUGUUCAGAUUAUAUGUUUCUUGUCGAAGCAACAAAUUCAUGCAAAAUAUGUAAAAAGUCACGUUUGUGGCCUCUUUGGGCUUCCGUAGUUUCCCAUGAGCUGGAUUUAAAAACUAAACGUGUGAUUUUUGCAGCUCUUUAGCAGCAGGAUUGUUCAAAGUGCUGUUUUUUAAUGCUUACGACCCUUUAAAAGCACUAAAUAAUUAAUAAUCAGCAUCAUGUGUAGAUAUUUCUGUGAGCGUUUAGAGCUGCUAAAGACAAACUGGUUUAUUUUGAUGGUUCUAAAGUCUGAAAGGAGCCAAAAAAGACGCAAAAACAAGCAUCAAUAAUACAAAAAACUAACUUUAACCAGCACAUUUAAUUACUGGACGCGCAGGUUGGGAACCAAACAAUCCUGUUUCUCCAAAAUGACGUUAAACAAACAUGUUUCUGCUGUUUUACACUUAAUUAAAUGGACGAUCUGACUGUUCAGAUCAUAUGUUUCAACAGAUUUAUGCAAAAUAUGUAAAAAUGCACACGAGAAGUCACGCUUGUGGCCUCUCUGGGCUUCCGUACGCGUCGCUGAAGGAUGCAGGUGUGUCAUUUUUCCAGUUUAAACACAAACAAACGAGUGAAAUGUUCCUUUCCGGUCCGUCUGUGAGCACAAACACCUGUUGGAUGCGGCUUCAGGAUGCUUUUGGGAGAGGCGGCCCCGUUCAGAGAGCGGAGCUGCAGCGCUGCAUGUCUGAAGGGGAACUAUUUUAAGCCUCGGUGGUGCACUUUUUUUUUUUAAUGCUGGAAAUAGCUGCUGCAGCGUCAGACGGGAGCCGGUCGAUGUCGGAGCCGCUGAAAUGGUUUUCCUGUGCGUUUUGUCGGGACGUCAGUGCUUCCAUGUUUGACUCUGUCCAACUGUAACUGGUGCAGACGUUGUUAGAAGAAGAAGCUGAUUGUGUAGCUCGUCCAGUCUGCUUCCAGAGCCUCCAGAGCACAUCGUCACACACACAUGACUGUUAGUGUUGAAAUAAACGGCAAAAUGUGGAA